AUGGAAAAAGACUUAUAUAAUCGAAUAGUCAAGCUAAAGCAAGAUCUUGCGUCAGCAGUAGUAUCAAAACUCCCCAGAAAAUCUGACGAAUUUGCCGCCUAUCUUUCCCAAUCCUUCAAAAAGCCAUCAAGCCCUCCUCAAGAGCUCUAUACUUUUAGAGGUCAGGAUCAAGGCCAUUAUAAAUCCAUUCUAGAAGAAAGACAGCGCAGGAUCACUGAGCUAGAAGACGAAACCCAAUAUUUAAGGCAAACUUUAAAAGAAAAAGAAGACGAAUUUUCCCAGAAAAUCGAAAAAAUAAUUGAAGCUGCUCAAAUAAAUUGUGAUAGUUUAGCAAGUUACUAUGAAAUUCAAAUAGUGCAAGCUAAAAAAGAUUCGAAAAAGCAAGAACAAAUCCAGCUUGAAGCAGACUUGGCUAAUGCCUUACAGACAAUUCAAAAGCUGGAAGAAGAAAAUUGUGCAUUAAGAAAUGACGCAAAAGCAAAGGACGAAGAAAUUAAGCAGAUUAGCGUUGACAAAAGUGCUGCUGAAAAAGAACUGUCAGCUGUAAAAGAACAGCUGGAUUCGACAACAAAUAUGCUAAGCUAUGUAAAAGAAACUGAAAGAUCAAUGGAAAGAGAAGCAGAAAUAGAUUUAGAAAAAUACAAAAAAGAAGUGGAAAAUUUGAGAGAAAUAAAAGACAAGCUAGAACUAGAGAUUGCAAAUAUUGAAAGAGAAAAAUCACAGUCUAUUAAUGAAGCUGUUGAGGAAUAUGAAGAAAAAUAUAUAAAUGCCAGCAAAUCAGCUGAGUUCUGGAAAACAAGAGCAAGCCACCUUUCGAUCAAAUUUUUUACUUUCCUCAGAUCUUUGAAAAUGGAUAUCUUCGAAAUCAAGCAUGAAGCAGUGCAAUAUUUCGAAGACUCUGUUACUAUUGCAAGCGCUGCCAUCACAAGUGCAGUCAAAAAAUAUAAAUUUACUGUAGAAGACCUGCAGGAAUAUAUAGAAGAAAUUAAUCUGAAAGCCAAGCUUAAGAAGAAAAGAAGCAAAAUGUUUUUGCAUUAA